AUGCUUUCAACGCUUCAACCAUCUGUUUCGAAGGCAUGCAGUCGAUGUCGGUCACGUAAGGUCAAAUGUGACCUCAGAGUUCCGCAGUGUACGGCAUGCGCACGACAGAAUGAAGCAUGCAAUAUCACAGACUGUGUAUCUUACCCAUACUCAGUCGUAAAAGCCCUUCAAGAUAGGAUUAAUGACCUCGAAGCAAGGCUGAGACUGGUCCCAACACCCAAUGAGACCGUCCCUGAGCCAGACCCAGAGCCUUCGGACGUGAAUCCGGAGCCCCGUGCUGAUCUGCAGAAGGAGGCUGAAGAGGUGGGUUUCCUCACCACGGGAGGAUCAGAUCUGUACUCAGGUAGCAAGUAUGUCGGCAGCGCGGCCGGAUCGACAUUUGCGAGGAUCUUCUUCAAGCAACUCAAUCUUGUUCCCUCGUGGGAUUCCGGGAGUCAGGGAAGUGGUCUUGGACAGCCCCUGUGUGAAGCAACUGCUGCACUUCCGCCUCAGCCUAUCGCAAGGGCUCUCCUCCACAUCUACAUCUCUAGGGUACACAUCUGGUGGCCAUUCUUACAGCUUCCGCAUUUGAGAAGGGUCUUUCAGCGUAUCUAUGAGAGUCCUAGGCAGUGCAGUGACCAUGAAAAGUUUACUGUCUUUGUUACUCUAGCUUUAGCAAGCAGUCAACUGACCACGAAGGGUGCCCAGUCUCCAGCAAUGAUGGACCUCAACGACUCCAAUGCAUACUUCCAGACCUCAUUGCGCUUCUUCAACAAUUUUAGUCAACAUCCAAGAGACCUUUUCGGGAUUCAAGCAGUGCUGCUUCUGGCGAUAUGGAUGCUAGACUCGUCUCACAGCAGCCACAAUAACGACCUCUGGCAGCUCAGCCGGUACAUCAUGUCGGCAGCCAUAGAGGCAGGACUCCACCGUCACAACAAGAACUGGGGUUUCACAGCUGAAGAGUUAGAAGUCCGGAAUAGGACGUGGUGGUGUGCAUACAACCUGGAGCGACAAGUUGCGACUCUGACAGGGCGAGUCUUAUCCAUUCGGGACCACGCAGUCCACACCAUGUUACCCAAUCCAGCCACUUUCGAUGCACUGACCCCUCUUGAGAGCUCCAUGGCCCCCGUUCUCCACCAGCACAACGUUGAGGUUAUUCGUCACAUUAUUACAUUGCGGAGAAUUGGUGGUCGCAUCCUUGAGUCGAUCUACAUAGCGAGAGGGCCAAGCGGCACGGCUAUGGAUACUACAUUCCAGCAGAUUUGUGCGACCUCAGACCAAAUCCGGAGAGACCUCGAACUCUGGGAGCAGCAAUUGGAGGCAAUGGGACUGAAGCCAUCUCGAGAGUACUCUGAGAUGAAAAUUGAGUACUGCCUUUUGCAGCUUCUACUACACAGACCAUCGCCGACAUUCAUGGUACCAUCGCGUCAAAUGGCGUCCUACUGUUCCAAGGCUGCAUCGACUGCAAUCAGUCACUGGUCCAAAAUCGAGGGCGAAUAUGGCAUUUCUGCUAUUUGUCGAUGUUUUAGACAGCUGCAUGAUAUUAUCCUUGUCGGACUAGCGGCUCUUUACUACGAUUGGCAAGCGAUGGCCCUUCCACAGACUGGAGAUGAUGCUCCGAGGUCACAUCGACAUUUCAACGACACUGCGAUUUGCCUAGACCUGAUUGACCGAGGAAUUACUAAUAUGAGAGCUCCAUAUUUGACAAAGUACAAAGACUUGUUCCAGGCUGUCAGGAAUAAAGUUUACGCCAAGACGAUUUUCACCAGCAUUAGUCCAGGGGCUAUGAACUCGACCAUAUCCCCUGGCACAAUGUCACAAGGAAUUAUUCUUAACCCUAGCGACGAUAUAAUGUUCUCGAUGGGUGACGGGGUAGAAGCAUAUGUGAACCAGGUGAAUGAGUUCUUGGAUGGAGGUGGAUUCAAUGUUGAUGAGGCUCUUGAUGCAUGGUACGAUGCUUUGAUGGGAGAAAUACAGAACGGAGAUGCCCAGAUGAUGGAGUGA